UAUGGAUGAUGAACGAUUAAAUCUUAUUCUUCAUCGUAAGAGAUAUAUUUUAAAGUGGAAUAAUGAAUUAGAUGUAGCUUCACGUAAUAUUUUUCCUCCGGAAGUUUGUAGGGAAUUAAAUAGUAUCGAACCUGACAAACGAAUUCAGUUUAUUCUUAAUAAUAAAGGAUUCGAGAGUCUCAUUUCUAUUCUAGAAGCAACUGGUAGUGGUCUCGAUCAAGAGUUAUUAUCGGAAUAUAAAAGAGAAGCAAAUCAUAUGGAAGUAGAUGACUCAAUCAAUAAGGAAUGUAGUAUUCUUGUCCAUAGAACUUUUGGGAAAAGUAAAAUUAUAUCAGAAGCUGAGAAAAAAUUUCUACAAAAUCUAUUAUCUGCAAGAGUUCGUGUGAUGCGGGAGGCUUAUCAGAACCAUCUAGAAAAUAUAAAUAGAAAGCUACAAACGCAAAGUGGAAAAGAGACUGAUUUAAAUAAAAUGAUAGCUGAAGCGAUUUUUGUCUUAUCCUCAUCAGUUGUGGAAAACUUAGAUGAUGGAAAAUCAGAUAACGAUCAGCCAAUUAAUCAUCUCGAUAUCUGUGUAGAUCGCCUCAUUAACUUGUGCUCUUCUGCCCUAAGUGAACGAGAUACUCUUUUAGUAGAAAUGAAAUCAGCCCUAUCAGAGCUUGGUUUAUCUCAGCCCGAGAGUAUUAUUCAAAGAUUAAAAAAAAUGAACAUAGAAUGCAGCGAAGCCGCUGUUACAGAUACUGAAAAAUAUGAAAGAAUCGCUCAACUGGAGUUAAACAUUCGAAAAAUUAGAAGAGAGUCGGAAAACGAAUCACGAGAAAGGAAAAAGGAAAUUGAUUCACUCCAAUUGGCAUUGAAUCAGAAAGUCAACCAAAAUAAAUUACUUAUGGAUAAAAAUAACUUUCUAAAAGAAAAGCUAAGAAAGAAAGGUCAUGAAAUGAGUAGAAUCAAUAGCAAAUUAAGCACCGUUUUAGAAAGAAGCACAAGAUUAAAUAGCCAAUUAAACAAAGGGAAACCUAGUUACUUAUAUUGA